AUUCUCCCCGCCCAGGCAAGUUUAGCCUGUAAAACCUUGCCUGCUGUUCUCGCGUCUUCCGUCCUUCAACUCUCUCUUCUCUCCAUCAACCGGAGCAUCGCUCCACCAUCUACCCCAAUCUUUCCCCAGAGUAUUCAUCCUCUCCAGCCAAAAUGAACUCUCGCGAGCAUCCCGAUAUGCCUCCGGCUCACUCCUAUCCCUCCCCCAACGCGGCGCAGAUGAGCCAGGGCACGAUGGGAUACUACACUAACCGACAGUUGACGGCCGACGAACUUCUGUCCGCCGAGCUAUCGCGGGAAACCUCGGGCCCUGGUCUUGCUGACGGCUCGAGUAAUGGGGUCCAUCAUGGUCAAUCAAUGGUUCUUGGCUCCUCAAACCCUGGUGGUCCGGACAUGGGUCGUCCUGCAUCCCCCGAUCAGCAUCAACAACAGCACAUGCUUCAAUUCACACCAAGUCAACAAGUCGGCGUCGAUCCGAAUCAUGAUUUGAGCUACGGAGAUCAGAGCGCGAGAAGGAAAAGGUCGAAGAUCUCUCGCGCAUGUGAUGAAUGCCGGCGCAAAAAGGUUCGCUGCGAUGCAAGCUCCGAGUCCGGUGUCGAAACAUGCUCCAACUGCCGUCGCCUUGGAGUUGUGUGCCAGUUUAGUCGAGUCCCAAUGAAACGAGGCCCGAGUAAAGGCUACAUCAAGGAAUUGGCCGAGCGUCUGCACACACUGGAGAGUCAAAUGCAACCUGCUAUGGUGCACCCCGACAUGCCGUAUCAGCCGAUGAAUGAAGUUUCCCCUCCACGGGCAUACCAGGAGUUCUCGCCUCCAAUUGACAAUGGUCCUAUCGGUCGCAAAAGGACAUACUCCGUGUUUGACGGGCUGCCGAGUUCAUCUUUUGCGCAACCGCCAUUCAAUACACGCUCUCAAACGGCUUUUGAUGUAGGAGAAAGCUCGACCGACCCGUGCCAUCCUUCCGUCGUCAACAAUACAGCACCCAAGCCUGGAAACUUGUUCUGGUCGACUGGCACCGAGAAUGAUUUACCAUCCGGCCUCGAAAUCCCGGAUGUCCCGAAGCAAGCCAUGGAUGAUGACAUGACUCCGGUAGAUGUGGAUGAAGGUGCUUUAAAUGCCUACUAUCAACGGAUACACCCUGUAUUCCCAAUACUGCCGAACUCAAAGGAGCGUUUUCUGGAGAUUCUGCAUCACUGUGGCCGUGAGCUGCAGGAAAUCCUCUUGUACAGCCUCUACACCGUGACGCGCGCCAACUCUGAGCGCGUAAGCGGCACUUUCGAGAGGGUCACAUCCUACGAAAACGCACAGGAUCUUCUUCUAUACUACACGCGUCAGCCAGCCAUCACGCGGUCAACCACAGUCAAUCUCAUCUGGCUCCAGAGCAUACUGCUCAUGAUCCUCGACUGUGACGCCCGGGGACCGGACAACAUGGUGAUGAAAGACGGUGUACCUAAACACACACUCAUCCAGUCUGCGAACAAGCUUGGUUGUGAUUUGGUCAAAGGCCUCAACCUGUGGAAAUCGCAGCGAGUCACGGAUCCUGAUGUCGACUCUGAAGCGUCUCUUAUCCGACGCAGUUGGGUAUCUUUGGCUAUCAUGACUCGAUGGUAUGCCAUCAGUGUUGCUGAUCCAAGUGUCCUAAAUACCCUUGACGUUCGCACCCGGGGUGAUGACAGGAUACUGGGCUCAGUUACUGCCAGAGUCUGCUCGUAUUCGAGUUUCCUCGUUGAUCUAACGAACUUGGUGAUUGAGGAGCAGAAUCUUUGCCAGUCCAAUAGUGGCCCAGGCCGGCUGGUCGCCAACAGCAUGGCUGCUCGUCUGGAGCUUCUUGGCGAGGCCGCAGACGUCGGGGACUACCGGCGACUGCCCGAAAAUGCCGACGAGGGAGCACCCUCUAGCUUCCUUGACAGUCUGCAAAACCAACUCUACUGGACCGUGCGAUUACUGAUCAAGCGCCAUAUAUUUGUCUACACACCGUACGAGAUUAUUUAUGCCGCCGAGGAGGUUGUGAACGAAUUGCAUAGAGCCAGCUCACAGUACCGUCUCACCUCCCCAUUUGACAUCCACAGUCUGGCUCUGGCUUGUAUGACCCUGCUCGAGGCAACCGUUCUUCCUGAAUAUGCCAACCAAUGCUGGGACUCCAUCAAGAAAGUUGAAGAGAUCCUUGAUCAGCGCGCCAAGCGAGCCGCAGAGUCCGGCGAAUUCGGCGAUAUUUUCUACACCCUAGCCUGGGACUCGAAGAUUCGCACUUUUAUUGAAUGGCGCCGCACCAAGGCGCAAGAGAGCCAAUUCCACGAUCCCACACUUGGAAGCGCCGUCAAGAGCGGGUCCGCCGCGCCCCCGGUCAUGGGUCCGAAUGAGCAGCGUUCUCUCCAGCAUUUGGCCGACCUCGCCGUGGGCGCUGAGGGCCAGGUCGCUGCGGCCGCCAAUGCCUCCUCCCCGCCUCCGGCUAUUCCUUCGACGGAGAACCACCUGCCCGCCACCUCCCCGAACCUCGCCUCCAGCGCACCAUCCCAGGGACGCAUGGUCGUGGACUUCACUCUCCUGACGAGAGAAGGCUACUUGAACGUCUUUGCCGGCCUGAUAUACCAUCGAUCUCGGUGAGAUUUUGUUGGAAGAUCUGUAUCAUUAUCCCGAGGGAACGCGGUGCUCUUGAUCUCGGCAAGCUUCAUUUCUAUACUUGAGCUGCAAACAUUCUCUCUUUCCGCCCCCCUUCAUCUACCCCUUUCCUAUUCUUUACUUUUGUGAGGACUCAAAGCCAUUUCUACUUUCUCCGACUCAUUGGCAUUUGGCUGAAUAGUUUCUUCUGUAGCUAUCAACAUGGUGCUACCUGCUGGGGUAAUUGUAUUUUUAGCUGGAAUAUAUCUGUUUCAAACAUUUCCG